GAGAUCCUGGCUUUUGCAUAUGCAGCUGCGGGCCAAUUUGUUGCUGCUGCUGCUGCUGUCUGAGUCCCAACAUUGUUGAAGAAUUUCUGAGACCAGCCUUUCUUUUCCUUUCCGAGACGACAUCCUUGAGAUCUUCGAUGCCUCGACUUGCCAGUUCCAGAAGCGUAAAUGAUCCCCGAGUUUAAUGGUCAUUCAGGGACAAAUUGUGGUUAUUCCCACUAGGCCCUUAGGUUUUGUAUCUCAGAAACUUAAUCAAGACCUCCGACGAUUUGCAUAUCCCGGAUCGCGACGACUGCAUUGAGCAACAGGCACAAAGCUAACCAUAUUAUAAACAUUUCGUUCUUUAUCUUCUGGUGAGGUUUGAAAGUCAAGCAAAUACUACAGUGCAGUGAGUAUUAAAUGCUUCUUCAGUGUUGAAUGCCCUUAUAUGGCCUGGGAGGUGCUGUGAAUAACGGCCCAGCCACAAACAACUCAAUAUAGGACGGGAAGGAAGGAAACAAAUACAACUCUAUCAUCCACCUCACACUUUAAUACCCAAAAACAACAUACAAGAGCAAACACCAAAAUAGCAUCAAAUAUCUUAGUCUUCACUCUAGUCCAGCCAAUCCCAUGAUAUCAAUACCUAACCCAGAGCCUCAACAACACACUAAACCCAAUACAGCAUCACCCCCAUUCAUCACCCUCCAAAACGACGUAACACCUUUAAACCGCCACCAAAUCCUCUCCCCGAGUCUCCAGUCCAGCCUUCAACAAACCCUCAUGCGCCCGCGCGCAAUAUACCACGAUUAAACAUUCUGUCUCCUAGGCGAUCAACGCCACAUGAUACCUCUAUUCAUCGCAUAAUUAUCGCCCAGCAUGUUUUGUCUUCGCAGUUGGCUUCCACUCCUAUUCAUCCCGACCAACGCUUCGCCCGCUUUCAUAUUCCUCUUCUUUAUCUGCACGUACUUCCUCAAUCGACCAUGCGUGUACUGCUCCAUCCUCCUCCUUAUUCUCUUCCUGACCUCGUGCAACUGGUCCGACCGAUGUUUCUUCGACCUUGGCAGUAACUGGUUCCUCCCGCGUCCGACAGUACCGUCUGAGGAUGUCGCUUUUACCUCACCGUCAGGGGACCUCGCGUUCAACUCGACUGUCCUCGAUAUGGCCAACACUACGGUCGCGGCCAUUAUAAAAUCUGCUAGUGAUGAUCUAGCUGUCAGGAGGGCCGAGUGGUCGGGCUUAGGGAUCGAGUGGCUUAGAAAUUUACUGGGGAAGAGGGAGUGGAGGAUCGAUUGUAUGGAUAUCCAUAUUAGGCUAUGAAUAGUCUCGCGAGACCGAGAGGGGAAUUGAUUAUAUGUGGCCUAAUGAGAUGUAUAUUCCAGGCCAUGCCAAGUAUUCAAGUACUUGAUAGACCCUAUAUGAGCAUAACAUAUUUCAGCGCUAAAUCACAUCGAGUUCACAAACAAACCACAUCGGCCAAAGAGUCCUAUAAGCAUAACGUGUCUAUUCUCAUCAUAUUGACUAAGAUAGUCCCCGUAAAAAGUUCCUAAUUAUGUACCCUUCAUGCAUCAUUCAAACUAUCAUCGCACCAAAAACCACAUGUGUAUCCCUCAUUUUCUUUCAUCAAAAAACGAAUGCGUCCUAGGUAUAUCCUUCGUAGCAACUUACAUCAAGGCAUAUAAAGCAUGGCUUCGCUUGCAAAUCCCUAAAGCUCAUCAGCCUCCUCCGAGUGCUCCGCAGCCUGUUCGGGGGUUUCUUCGUCAGAGCCCAAAGCCUCCGGGGCGGCGGACUCGGAAGUGGCCUCGACCUCGAUGCUGGGUUCCGCAUCUUCAGCCUCCUGCUCGACUUCAUUAAGGUGCUCUUCAUCAGGCGACACAGUCUCCUGAGCAGGGUCCUCCUCUUCCUUCACGGACUCGGCCUCGUCAGAUGGAAGGACGGUCUCCUCUGUGGGUAGUGUCUCCUCCACAGACGCCUCACCAUCGACGGGGGCUUCCGCGGCCAAAAUGGUGUCCUCUGCCUCAGGGGCAACACUCUCCUCAACAGCCUCAGCAGCCUGCGUCUCUUGAGAUGGAACGUCGGUCGCAUACUCAGUGAUCUUGACUGUAGCAGUCUCAACAGCUGUUACUGUCUCGACGAUACGAACAAUGCGCUCCUCACAGGUGGGUUGCUUCUCACUCUCAUGUGACUCGGCAGCAGGACCAGCGUCCAAUUCUCGGGGUGCCUCAACUCCGUGAUAUCCUUGAGAAGGAGCUGAGCAAGAAGCACACGGGUCGACGGAUCCAGUCGAAGAACCAUCGUGGCUAGGAUAAGAGCUACCGAUAGCAAUCUGGUUGUUGUUGAGCUGCUCAUCCUGAACGAUAUGGUUCUCAGCAGUGGUGUCCUCGACAACAAUGCUCUCCUCAGGAUGAUAAGCCUCAACAUUGCGUUCCUCCUCAACGACAGGAUCCGCAGAAGCAGCAAUCUGAGGAGCUGCCUCGGUCGCUUGGAUGCUGAUAGCCUGUGUCACUGUCACAGUAGGCACUUCCCGAUUCAUAACAACAGUCUGGAAAUUCCUAGGCUCCUGUUGAGGUACAGUGUUUCCACGGAUAGCCAAGAGAAGAAUGAGAACACUCAGCAAGCCGAUCAGGAUGUUCUUCUUAUCUUGCAUGGCUACACGAGCUGAUUCGGCCAGUAGCUCGGGAAGAGUAGCGCUCUUCAUCGCCUGGCGACGUUCCUCAGCGGUGGGUACUCGAGGGGCGGCAUGCGCAUAAUCGGGGGCACGGUUGCCGGCAGAAGAGCGACUGCGCUCAGCGUAUUGCUGAUCGUGGUGUUGUGGCUGUUGUUCGUGGAAAGAUCGUUGGGAUUCCUGAUAAUGUUCCUUGGAAGCAGGUGUAUCGCCAUAGAUCUCCCUAUACCUCUCCUCGUCUCUCCUGAGACGCUCUGCCUCAUCAUCCUUCGAGUCAGCGGGGUCUUCGGGAGCGAUAGAUGACUCUUCGGCCUCCAGAUUGGUAUUUUCAAGGUGAGAAGGCUCGGGUGUAGGUUCGGCACUUCGUGCUUCCUCUGCCAGACUUCUCUCACGUUCUUCCUGAAGAUGGUCAUCAAUAUCCUUCUCAAGUUCCUCAAAGGAUCGGCUCCUUUCAGCAUCUUGAUCCUCAGCAAAAGACUCCUCGACAUUAUCAGUGAGUUCCUUGAUGGACUCCUUGGUGACAUCAGCGGAGUGCUCCUCCGCAGGCUGAGUAUCGUUCGCGAGGUGGCUUUGGUCGUGAUCUUUGGUAGUAUCGUGGACAGAUGCUUCACGAGCCUCUGAAACAUCAUGGAGAGACUCUUCAUGAUGAGAAGGCUCGUGGUAAGAGGGUUCGUGGUGAGACGGUUCGUGAAGUGACUCAUCGUACGCCGACUUAUCACGAACGGAUUCCGCAUGCAGCGACUUAUCGUAACGAGAGUCCUCAUGAUGGGAUGCAUCAUGACGAGAAGUAUCAUGAUUCUCCAUACGUGACUUUCCUUCACUCACAUGGCUCAUAUCCUCAACGUGGUUACGAGACUCUCCCCGUCGUCUAGACAGACGUCCUCGUUCCCUCUCCUCAAACUCCCGAUGCUCCUCAUCCAGCCUGAUGUACCUUUCCUCCUCUUCAGCUUCUCUCAUCGCCAACUCCCUCUCCUGGUCAGCUUCCAGAGACACGAGCUCAUGUUGCGACACAGCGUCGACAAGAGGCUCUAUCUCAACAUCAACCCGCUCCAUCUCCUUCCAACAAGCUUCCCAGGCACCGCCGCGGAUCAGACCGUUGCUGGCAUACACCUUGACACGGAAGACCUUGGCACGACCGAGUGACUCAUAGUUAAUGUCCGACUUGCAUGUCUUGCACCAGUGUGUAGGCGGCACCUGAGAGCGACGACUUGAUCGGCGCUCCUCUUCCUCUUGUUGUUGAUAUUCAUCCUCCUCACUCUCCUCCUCCUCCGAAUCCUCUAUUGUCAUCUCGUUGGAGGGGCCAAGAUAAUGACCACACUCUAGGAUACGAGCACGACGCCUCAUGGGAAGGUCAAGAGCCUCUAGCAGCCUCUCCUCAAGAACCUCGUAGUCGCUCUGGGGGUGAGGUAGGAGGAUACCACGCUCGACAGUGGUAUCUGCCAUGCGAUCUUGCAAUAGUCGCCAAGCAUCUCGUAUGGCCUUGCACUCCUUGCUAAGAUCAUCGGCAUCUGCAUUCUCGAGCACGUCACCCCACGGCCACCGGAGCGGAAGCAAAGUAACGUGAAGAAGGACAAGGGGUGGUGUAGAUCGCUUAAAACGAGGUGGUGUCUUCUUAGGAGAGUACUGCUCUGAAAAGCGAGGAGAGCCAAGUCGAGAUGCAGAGAGAGGUGCUCUGCGGCUUGAUCGAGGAGAGCCAAUUGUUGAGCCUGGAGGUGAUGACAUCUGCAUUGCCUUGACAGAAGAAGGUGAUCGGAAGACAGGACGCGGGUUGCCUCGGAUAGUAGGGAUAAAAUCUUCCUCUUCCCUGUCAUACUCUGAGAAACCGGAAAUACCUGAUACACCUGAGACACGAGGCGACCUGGUCAUCCGCGACAUAGCAUCCUGAGCCUUUCUGUUAUCAGUCUCCGAGACAGAUCCCAUUGAGCUGCGAGGACUUCGAUCACUAAAAACGUCGUCUUCGUGCUCAUGGUGGGAGCUAUUCUCGGCGGCCUCGUCCACACCGCCUCUCAUACCAGCGGUCGACAUUUUUGGGCCUGUGCGAGUACUAACCGACUCUGAAUGAGAGAUAUAGCCAGUAUCGUCUGUUCCAGAGUAGCUGUUCAAAGACUCGCGCUUCUCGUGGUUAUCGAUUUGUGAAGCAAUGUCACGAGCAACUCCGUUAAUAGCUUCGGAGCGACCAGAGUGUCGACGGCUUGAGUAUUCAGAUCCCGAAGAGCCAGAGGACUCACGUCGAGAGCCUGAGCGGUCUGACUCGGUCUCUGAAAAGUGCCUCUCUUCGUUGCCCUCUGCAGAGGUUUCAACCUCAGCUUCAGCAGAUUUGGCCUUGUCCUCUUCGAUAGGUUCGUCCUUUUUGGGUUCCUGAGCGGUGGAGUCUUCGGCAGGAAUGUUGUCUGUGGGGAUAUCUAUGGAAGGGGUGUCCUCGGUUGGAGUAUCCGCAGGCGUGUCCUCAGUGGUAGUGACGUCUUCGACAGGGGUAGGAUCCUCGUCGUUAUCUUUUGUAUCGUCUAAUGAGGGCUCUGUAGCUGUUGUGUCGGCUUCAGCUUCAGAAGUAGCUGGUACAGCUUCGACUUCUUCUGACUCUGUUGCUGGCUCCUCAAUUGGCUCCUCUGGCUUAUCUUCAGUGUCGACUUGAGCUUUGGCUUCCUCUUUUGGUUCAGCUUCAGGCUCUGAUUCAACUUCUGAGUCGGCCUCUGAGUCUGAUGCCUCUUGAUCAGAUUGUGCCUCCUCCUUGGUCUCUUUUGGUGUUAUAGUAGAUUGAUCUUCUUCUUUACGUUCUUCUUUAGCUUCGACCGUAGGCUCGGCCUUUGCUUCAGUAGGUAGGUCGGUGUGGUUUGUCGUCUCAAUAUCGUUAUCAAGCUCUUUGGCAGAGUCGUUCUUUGAAUCGUGAUCUGUUUCCACUUCCACCUUUGGCUCCUCGGGGGCCCUUGUAUCGUUAUCGUCCAUAGGAUCGCUCAAGCAAGAUGGAUCAACGUGAAUCUCGAAAUCGAGGUCCUCAGCCCUGUUAUGUCGGGGCAUCUGAGGGUGAAAGCGGUCAGUGGUUUGUGCCUUUUCGUAUGCGUGCCUCGAGUAUUUCGCAGUGACACCACACGAUAAAAAAGAAAAGGGGAUAUUGAAGCGAGGAAAGGAAGAAAAGAGAGGUCGAGGGGUCUUCCUGGAAUCGUGCAG